UUCAGUGCGUACCACUACGUCCUCGUGCUUUGCAACUUCUUAUCAUUCAUAUACGUCGAUUCGAUGUGGGAAUUCCUGCCUUAUAAAUUUUAUGCAGUCAUCGUACAACAGAAAUGUAUAACGCAAUAUUUCGGUGGAUUCCACUUCAAGUAGUUCCUGAAGUCCAAGAAAACCUUCAAACAAUUAUAACAGACUUCGAAGCGGCUAUUUUAAAAUCCGUACAAACUUGCAUGCCGUGGGUUCAUCGGAGAGGUUGUUGGUUUCAUUUUGCGCGGGCCGUCACACGAAAAUGGAACUCUCUAGGACUUCCCGGUCGGGAGGCACCUGAACAUCGGAUUUUGAAUUUAACUUGGGCGUUACCACUAGUCCCAGCAGCUAGAUUUGAGGAAGCUUUGGAAGAGGUCGUAGCAUUAAUUCGACCUUUAGAAGAUGGAAAUGAUAAUUUUUAUUUAUUUCGUCGAUAUCUUCAAAGAUUUUGGUUGCCACUGGCAAAUAUUAUUUCAGUUUAUAAUACACCGUGGCGAACUAAUAAUAUUGCUGAAGUUUGCAAUAUGCAUUUAGUGUCUAAAGUUGGGCCUCAUCCACCGUUAUUUAAAUUUUUACAUCGCCUGAUUGAAAUAAUCAAAGAUGAUGAAAAAAAAUUAACUCGAUUACUGGAUGGAAUGGAUUUCGGUAGAAAUAGGCGACAUCGACAAUAUCAAAUGGAUAUUUAUAUUCACAGUAUAUCCAAGAAGCAUUAGAAACCAGGAGAUACACAAUGCUCGAAUUUCUUGAAAUGGCUGCAGUUCGACGUCUGGAAGUCCGCCAUCGCUUAGACGUUGCCGUAAUGAGACAGCAAUACCUCGAUGAUGCUUUAACACAAGAAGAAGAAGUUUUAUUGGAACACAUCCGUAAUGCUGUUGAAUUACCAGCUGUACACCAUGCACCAUUAGAUGCAGCUAAUCCAAUUGAUGAAAUCGAUUAUUAUGCUGGUAAAAUCAUUGAAGAAGAUGAGCCGGAGGUUGUUCCGUGGAUUCAUGAUGCGUCAGCAGGAAUGGUAUUUGCUGAUCAGCUGGCAGUAGAAGGCAUUAAUAAAUGCUAUGCAUGCUUGACAAAUCAAGCAAGAGCAGUUUUUUGUCCGUGUGGGCAUUUAUGCUUAUGUUUAGAAUGCAAAUUUAAGGCUGAAAUAUCUGCCAACAGAGAAGAUAAUGCAGCACGAUUAAUUUGUUUCAUAUGUCAAGUACCGAGCAAUUUUUUAAUGAUCAUUCGAUGA